AUGCGCACAGCUGUGUUUCUCGUUCCUACCCUCGCGAUCCUCCUGCUUUACGGAGGGAAAACUACGCUGGCAACGGUCAUUGGGGGAUCUAUCAUUUGCUACAUGCUUGAUUUUCUGGGGUAUCAAGAACCAACAUUCAUAGCUGUUUGGGUUACGAUCGCUGCAAUGGCUGUCACAUUAUUCAUAUCGUCGAUCCACUUGUUCUUGGUGCUCAACUCGAGGGUUACCACAUUCAACAUCACCCUCAUAUAUAACAUGCUCAUUGCUUCCGGAUCCCUUGGCAUCUGGGCAAGUUUGCAAUUCUCGUUCAUGCAGAGGCAGCAGCCGCGACUUGUGCUCGUGUUCGAGAGGAUGUUGUUUUGUAUCACUCCUUGCUCUCCGACAGUGAUCAUUACAUGGGCUAUCAUAGGAGUGAACGGGAUGUCCGCUGCUCCAUACGUGUUGCUAGCAGUUAUGACCGCUGCUUACUUUCUGUUUGUGCUUCCGGUGAGAUCUUCGUUCAGAAUGCCAAGAAAGGACAGGCCGAAAACGAUCACCCCAUCCAUGACGGAUCUCGACGAGACGGUGCUGGGACGAUACGAGACGGCAGUUCAGACGCUCGCAUACCUCCUCCUGCCUGUGAUGUUCAAGAUCGCGAUCCAUCACGCGCACCUGAUCGCAUCGAGAGAUGACGUUGCCGGUCUGCUGACGUGGAUGCUUAUAAGGGUGAUCUUUCACUCUCUCAACCAGUACAUCAAACUCGCUCCUCCCUGGAACUUCAUUGCUGUCACCGUUGCCGUCUACCUCUUCGCCUUCAUCGUUCUCGCGCACUUUGCUGGGUACUUGGAGUCAGCAGGAGCCAUGAUCCUCCUCUCGAUCAUGGCGGUCGGAGUUGCUGUGAGCGGCUGCUUGGCGCUGGGAAUGCCAUGGUUUGCCAUGCCGGUGGCAGCGCUGGGAGGAUUCUUCUGGGUUCGGUUCUACUACAAGAGACAGUAA